AACGCGGAAGGGGCUGCGGCGCCGGGCACCGACCGAGCCGGGGGCGGGGCCGGCUGCGAGUGUGCGGGGCGCGCGGGUGACAGGUGUGGUGGCGGCCUGCGAGACCCGGGGCGACGGCAGCAGCGGCGGCGGCCUGAAGCCUGAGCGGAGGAGACGCGGUGGCGGCGAUGCUGGAGACGCUGCGCGAGCGGCUGCUGAGCGUGCAGCAGGAUUUCACCUCCGGGCUGAAGACUCUAAGUGACAAGUCAAGAGAAGCUAAAGUAAAAAGCAAACCAAGGACUGUUCCAUGUUUGCCAAAGUACACUGCUGGUCUAGAAUUACUUAGCAGGUAUGAAGAUACAUGGGCUGCACUUCACAGAAGAGCCAAGGAAUGUGCAAGUGCUGGGGAGCUGGUGGACAGUGAGGUGGUUAUGCUCUCAGCGCACUGGGAGAAGAAGAGGGCGAGCCUGGUCCAGUUACAGGAGCAGCUCCAGCAGCUUCCCGGCUUAGUAGCGGAUUUGGAAUCCAUGACAGCAAGUCUGACUCAUUUAGAGGCUAGCUUUGAGGAAGUCGAAAACCACCUGCUGAAUCUGGAGGAUUUAUGUGGACAGUGUGAAUUGGAAAGAUACAAACAUAUGCAGUCCCAACAGCUGGAAAAUUACAAGAAAAAUAAGAGGAAGGAACUCGAAACCUUCAAAGCCGACCUGGACGCAGAGCACGCGCAGAAGGUCCUGGAGACGGAGCACACCCAGCAAGCGAAGCUGAAGGAGCGGCAGAAGUUUUUCGAGGAGGCCUUCCAGCAGGACAUGGAGCAGUACCUGUCCACGGGUUACCUGCAGAUAGCGGAGAGGAGAGAGCCCAUGGGCAGCAUGUCGUCCAUGGAAGUGAACAUCGACGUGUUGGAGCAGAUGGAUCUGAUGGACAUAUCUGACCAGGAGGCCUUGGACGUCUUCUUGAAUUCCGGGGGCGAAGACAACGCGGUGCUGUCUCCAGUCUCAGGGCCCGCACCGGGGAUCGGUCAGCACGAGGCCACUCUCCCGGCUCCAGCUCCCGCCGGAUCACAAGCCAUGCGGCCUCCCUCCCCGUCCCUCUGCACUGAGCUGGCCGCCCCGGCCCCCGGCGACGGUGGUGAGUCCCCCAUUGUCCAGUCUGACGAGGAAGGAGUGGAGGUGGACACUGCUCUCGUCACUUUACACACGGACGACAGCGACUCCUAGGUCAGCGCUCCCACGCCGUGGCCGGGGAGACGCGGCCGUGUGCGGAUCCUCACUGCGAAGGCAGGUGGUUUGAUGGAGGCUUUGGCUUGUUACAUGGUUGCCGAUGAUGCGAGAGGAACGGACUCUAAGAACAGCUGAUAAUAAAGUUUGUGCAGAAGGGCUUCCCGCUAGAUCCGUCCUUGGGCCUUCGGUGCAGGGAGGGUGGCUGGGGGCCCCGCGGGCCACGGAGGAGCCCGUGUCGGUCCGGGCUGGGCCGGGAGCCCCACAUCCCCGCCUCUGCAGUGCGGAGGAGGAAGCCCUUUUGGAGGUAUACUCCGCUUCCUCCAGAACCCGGCCGUGGUCAGCGUGGGUUUUCACGUGUGAGUGCAAAACCACGUGCACCAGCUGCCCCGCCUUUACUGUGAGCACACACACCUGGGCCCAGAGGAGGAGGACCCAUAAUCCGAGUGACUCCUCUGUUCUUGGUCCUGCCAAGAAGCCGCCAGCCGGCGGUGUCCCCUUCACCACCGCUCCUAGCCCAGCACCUCGUGAGAGAGCAGGGCCCGGCCGGCUGUCAGGCCCUGUCCCACAGCCCCCGGGGGAACGAGGUGUCGCCGCCUCCACUCCCUGGCCGGGGGGAGGGGGUUUCAGCCCUCUGCCCCGUUACUGGAAAGAAAGAGCUCGUGUCAGUCACCCAUCUUCCACAAGACAGACAAAUAUCCAAAAAACUUCGUUUUUAUUAUUAAACCUUGUAGUACAAACCUGAAAAGUAAACAAAAAACUGGCAAUAAACAACAUGAAGUCCUCCCUCCCGCAGGAGGGGUGCAGAGCAGCGCUAAUAAAUUAAAUGUCAAACUGUAAGCCAUAGGCAGAAGUUUACUGUCAAAAAGAGGGAAAGUACACAGCAAGGCCAUAAAAACCGGACAACCACAUUGGAAAACACUUGACUCUGUUUAUGUAAUUGUUAAAUAUUCCAAAAACAGUUCAGUCUUCUGCAACAACAACCGACAAAGUAUCACAGGACGCUCCGGACAGUCCCGCCGGCCAAGCUCAGUGCAGCGGGGGCAGCUACGGGCUCGCUGGAUCCAAUCACGAAACAAAGAACAGCUUGUGAAAACAGUUCCCUUUUUUAUUCCACACAUACUGUACACACAACCGGAGAAGGGCAACAGCUACUCCAUUAUUAUUUUGUUGUUGUUGUUCAGUGAUGUAAGCAGCACUUAUAAAUGUUACAAGAAAAACCCUGUAAGCAUCCAAUCCACCCGAUGAAGAAACGGAAACGUAAGGCUUUUCUUCAUCUUGUCUUCGCGCCCUCCCCACCCCCCACCGAGAAAAAGGCUCAAGUAUUUAAAACAAUUUACAGGCGUAUGUACAAAAGGGAUGGGAUUCUUUUUUUUUUUUCUUCUUUUUGUUACAACAUGGAGAGAAAAAAUAGACAAGGUGAGCGCAAAUGCAUUUUCACAUUCAAACAGAACUGCAGACCUCCUAGUGGCUCUAAGCGUGACCGUCAACGAAACGAACUGAAGGAAAGAUUAAUGCUGACGUGUGAAGGUGGGAACAAGCGGUGAGAUGGAGACGGAAUGUUAGAGAGAUUGCACAUCUAGGACCAAGAAGCACUUGCGGCUUCGAUCACUUUUUUUUUCUUAAGGAUGCUAUUGAAGGGUUUUUGAUAAAGUAGCCAACAGCACCAAAAAAUAACAGAAUGGAUUUCCUAAUGAAAUCAGGCACAGGUGUCCCUCACGUGACCCCUCCAAGGCAGGCAGGCAGUCGUCUUCUCUCGCUCUCCUCUCUUCCAAAAACAGAUGCAUAGUGAUGUGCUGGUAAAGAGAACCUCGGCGCUCCUCUUCCAUGUUUUGCCUCGGGUUAGGAAACUCCGUCCGCCUUCAGCUGCCAUGACCGCCCAAAGACGCAAAAUGGGGGUUCUCCGGUUUUAAAAAUUACAAACUCGUUUUGCACAUGACGGAAGAAAAGACAGCCAAAGUAAAGCCAUUUCUUUUCAAGUUUUGUGUGUGUGUGCGUGUGUGUGUCUCCUAUCCCUUUUCCUCUCUAGAAAAAUCUGCUCACAUGACUGAUGGUUUUAAAAUUUGUUCUCCAAACUUCACCCUCUUCAAAAUGGGUUAAAAAGCCUUUUUUCCCCCAAGUUACCGAAGAAAACAACAAAACAAAACAAAA